AUGUUGCGCAUUCUUCUUCAGGUGUUUCUUGUCUUUUCUGCGAUUCCAGUCUCUUUGAUAUUCAAUAACAUUUAUCAAAAUCACAAGAGCCUUCAAGUGUUGCGAAAGAAUGAGGCGGAAUUCCAUUGGAGCCACAUUGUGCACUACGAGGAGCUCGCGACGGCGGUGAACAAACUUCCAGAGGGCUACGGCGUCAUGCUUCUGAAUCGGCACGCCGUGAAGAUGACGUUGAACUGGUUGUGCAACACGAAGAGUUUUGCGGGUGCGCAUCAAAGAAUGCUCUUUAUCGUCAUGGACAAGUACUCGGAGGACAGCCUUCGCAGAUUCUACCCACGACUCAAUAUCGUCAUUUGGCUGGCACCGGUGCUUCAGGCGACGUUCCGGCCCUACGACACGACCUACAUGAGCUUCUUCCUCAUGCGAACCAACAUGAUCCGUGCGCUUCAAGAGUUCGGAAAAGGGUUCUGGAUGCUGCAGGCGGACACUAUUUGGAGGGACAACUUGUUCAAUCUGAUCAAUGUUCAGGACUACGAGGCCAGCGAUAUUCUUUUGGAUCAACAAGGAUACGAAGGCACCGCGCCUGUCAGGUAUUAUCAAAACACAUUGCUCGGCUAAGCAAACGCGCUCCGCUGCACUCGGCGCUUCGCGUUUUCUGAUUUUCCCCUCCAACUGCAUUUUUCUGAUGUUGCUUUAUUCUUCUUGUUUUGAAAUUGUACAGUGAACAGAUUUUAAACUGGUUUUAUCGAAAAACCCAAUUAGAAAUGUGUUCAGUGUACGAUUUUAAAACGAGAACUUUGCGUAAAAUUUCAAGCAAAAUCAGAAAAAUGCAGUUGGAGACGAAAUCGAAAAAGCAAAGUGCUGAGUGAAGACUUCUGACACUUGACCGUUCAUUCAGACAGCGUACAAUGAACGGCGCGAACUUCUACGUGCCUGCGAAGGCCUCAAGUCGAGACUUGGUCGAUUCCUGGUUGGACUGGCAGAAAAGCGUCUACAUCACAGACCCGGACCUCGUGAAACUCUUCUGCCUACGCGGCGACUAUUUGUGUGAUUACAUCCCGUACAAGUACUUUCCCCUCACCCAAACCCACCUAAAUAUUGUUGUUCUCAUUCAGACUGGUCGCCGGCUGGGAAUGGAUUUACGGCGAUCAGACGAACGCGCCGAUCAUGAUUCAAAUGGACGGCGAGACGGGCGGGAACAAGGAGAAAGUGCUGGAAAAGUACAACUUCUGGUUCCUGGAUCGACGGGAUCGGUGCAAAGCGGACAAAGUGACGCGAGGAGUGGAGCAGCUCGCACAGGGAGCAGUGCCACGUUUCAUCUCGGCGUCCAAGAAUCGAGAGCAAUUCUGGCUGAAGCUCGGCGAACUGCUAAAUCAGAUCCCUGUCUUUGGACACUAUUCGAGCAUCUACGGCGGUCUCACUUCACUUUACCUACAGUUUUUCUAG